UAUUUUUUUUGUCUGUGUCGUUGCUUGCUUUGAGUGUGUGUGGAGUGAAGUGUAUUUUUCGUUGAAAUUUUGCAAUUAUUUCCUGUUGGUUUGGAUAUUGAAGCGAUAAUAAUUUCCCUUGACGGAAGUGCAAGGAAAUCUAGAUAUCAGUGUGUAAUUUUCAAUGAAUUAGUGGAUAAAAUGGGCUGCCUAAGCUGGAUCCGAGGUUGCAAACUGUCUUUUCCAUUCAAGGACAAAGAGUUCAACAAAAUUGCAGCAUUCUUCAACUUCUCAAUAUUCCUACUGACCUGUGCGGCCCUGGUACAGCCGAGCUGGUUCCGCAUCAAGGGACUGCACUGCACACAGAGCCUUUCCCUUGCCCAGUUCUUCUCUCUAGACGAUGACAAUGACAAUGAUGAUGAUAAUGAAGACGGUGAUAUGAACAUACAAAAUGAUGGUUUCAACAACAUGUUCAAAAAAAUCUCAGGUUUACAACCAUGCACUACCCCGGAAGUCAUAACUCUUAUGAGAGUUCUGAUUUUGCUGUGUUUCAUGAUGCUUCUGUGGUCGUGCAUCGGAGUGCUCAUCAACCUCACAAGCCUUAACAGUAAAGCAAUAAGGAUGAUAAGGAGAAAUGCAGUUCCCAGUGUGCUGUGUGUAUUCUGCGUUAUAGCAAUAGUCGGUGUCUGUUAUUACACCACGGUGGUGCUCGGGAAUGUUAGCAAUAGUGAUAUCAACACCAUACAAGUUGAUUAUGAGUAUGGAUUUUACACUAUUACUGCGGCUGGUGCAAUGUCGCUUCUGGCGUCAGCAGCCAACUUGUGGGGCGCCCCGCUAUCAGACCACGAAGACUUGCAGAGACGAAACCUCAUGGAAGACUGGGACGGGUACGAGGCGCACAGCGUCGGCCCCACCCCGGCCGUGCCCACUCUACCCCCCUACUCGCCCAGUGCUGACUACCUCCCGUCAGCGCAUCCGACCUACGCGCCGCCAGCGCUGGGCUCCCAGCAGUACUUCCCAUUCGAUGACCUGUCAGUUCUGCCCCCACCGCCUCCUUACACUCCGUGAGUGAAAACUCUUUCGUUAUGUUAGAUGUCUAUGGUGUAUAGUAUUAUUUGACGGUCCAGUAUUUUAGUUGCGGAGGUGUGGCUCGAAUCAUCUAUAACUAAACUGUUUUAGUUUUUGUCUCCAUUGAGCAAUGCAAUGUAUACUUGAGAUAGAUGUGUUGCUUAGUGGUGAUAGAGAAUAAAAUGGUUUGGCAGAGGUGCCACCACUUUAUGAAUUGAGUUACAACAGGAAUUCUUGGCGUUUUUCCUACAGUGAAAAAUUUAUAAUCAUGCUAUUAUGUGGACUUCUGCUACACAUAAAUAAUGUCAGUAGUCAGAAAUCAUAAAAUGCUUACUUGAUUUUUUACUACAAUGGAUAAUAAUACAAAACAUAAAGUUUGUUGUUAUAUUUAUACAAAUAAAAUAAAAAACUCUUAUGCCACUGCGUAAAUGAGAAAAUAUUUUUAUGAUAAGUGUAGAAUUCUGAAGACAUCUUAAAGAAGGUAUGGAUACUAGUGUGCAUACGAGAUAAAUUUGCAUGUCUGUAGGUCUAGUUCAGGUUUGUUAGAUUGUCGGAAACUAUAAAAGUUUACGUUUUGCCGCAUACAAAGUGGCGCCUCUAGCGGAAACUAUCAUGCGACUUUUGACUGAUAAUGUACGCAGAUGACAGGAGAAAACGUUAACUUAUAUAGUUUUAAAAAAUUGUAAAACCUGUACUAGACGGGCUGAAGUUGGUUGGAAAUCGAGAAUGGCGCAAUGCCAUUCGCUUACAGAUCUAUGAUUCUUGUAUGAUCAUAAUAUAAAUAACUAAUAAAUAAUUAGCUUCUGCAUAGCAGGGGCGGUGUAUGGCUAUCUGUAGCCUAGGGGCAGUAAGAGGCUUAAAGCGAAAGAAAAUUAACCAAGUAACAGAGCGUGUUUAUAGGAUAGGUAAUAUCACUUGAUGUAGCUCUUUAUAAGAUAGAUUAAGUAAUAAGUAAAUAUAUCUAGCAGUGGGUACUGGAAGAUGAUGAUAAAGAAUGUAUAUGAAGUAUACCUGUAGUUAUAAAAAAUAUUGAAGUAAAGUUUAAGUUUCAAAAUUUUAACUUAUAGUGCAUAGAGACCAAAUAAAUAGCAAAAUCUCAAAUAACAACUCGAAUGUUUUAGAAUAUUGUGAUAUUGAUGUACUGUUUUGAUUCUUUUAAUUUCGUUUGUGGUUGUGAUGAUGAUUAUCUAUCUAUGUAAUACAUACCUAUUGAAGGUCUUUUGGCAUGUUAUUAAAUAGUAACAUGGUAUACUGCAGUUCACUUAACUUGACCAAAAAUGCAACUAGAUGAAACUAUUGAUAAACAUAA